AUGUCUACCCGGUUCUCCCAAGACGAUAAGUACCGCGACGAAAUCAUCCAGAUGGAGGAUGAAAAGUACGGCGCUGGUCACCACCGCCAUGUCAAUCAUGAUUUCGACUCGAGGAGUGAGGAAGCUGACAUGGGACAGGGUCCCUACCGAGUUGCUCACCGCCAGCCCCAAGGUCGUCGUUCUCCUACAACAUCAAAUAAAGCGAAGGGGAGCUCGGGCUCAGCGGCGAAAAGACAUGACCAGUCAAAGAAUACCCGAACAACUCACCAUCAUCCGCAGUCCGAUGUGCCCGACGUGCCUGGAGAGUGA